AUUUCAUCACCUUUGGGUCAGCAAGUCGUUCGGCGGUGACGGAUAUGACCCUUUAUACUCCCUUCAGCUCGCGCUGAACUUACUCAGGGCUACUUGACGGUUGAAAUGUCAGAGAUUCAGCCCAUGAUCGCUCCGCAGGAGGACGGCUCUGGUAGCGUACCAGAAACAGCACACGAACCACCACAACCAACGCCUAUCACAGACCAAGAGGUGGGAGAAUAUCGGGAGCAGGAUCGUUUCCUACCGAUUGCAAAUGUCUCCCGUAUCAUGAAGCAGUCCGUUCCACACACCGCUAAGAUUGCUAAGGAUGCCAAGGAGUGCGUUCAGGAAUGUGUUUCAGAGUUCAUAAGUUUCAUUACAUCUGAGGCCGCUGAGAAAUGUCAGAUGGAGAAGCGGAAAACAAUCGGAGGCGAGGAUAUCCUGUACGCCAUGGUGUCUCUAGGGUUUGAGAACUAUGCAGAAACACUGAAGAUUCAUCUAGCAAAACUGAGACAGCACCAAGCAGGAUCCUCGUCGAACCCGCGACAAGAACAUAGAGAAGAUUGAUUCUACCUUUGUACCCUGUACUAUACCACUGUAUCAACUUGGCAAUUCCCAUGUUUUGCAGCUUACCUUGCUGCUUUCCAUGAUGUGAUUGCCAACGCCCGAAGUCGACUUGGAAGUUUGAGUAGUACAUAUGCAGUGGCAGCGUCGUCCAACAACUCCCGGUGCUUACUGAGGUGUCUUGGACUAGAUCUCCUUAGCACGCUUCCACUGCAGCGGCUAAUAGUAACAUGUACAUGUAUUCCAAACACAAGGACUCAGUUCGAUUUUCCAGGUACGAUUAGAUUUACGGUGAAUUCACGCAGAAUUCACGGGUACUAUUGAAGUGAUUCGGAACAA